AGCCGAAUGUCUGUGCUCCCGGAAGUGGCCCGGCGGCGGCGCGCCGGGCCCGGGCAGUGCUUGCUCCUGCUGGGGGGCUGCGGUAGCGCCCGGGUCCGGGCGUCGCCAUGACCAGCGAGCUGGACAUCUUCGUGGGGAACACGACCCUCAUCGACGAGGACGUGUAUCGCCUCUGGCUGGACGGUUAUUCGGGUCUGUGGGGGACCGUCUGUGGGUGCCGGUUUGGCGGAGCUGUUGUUUUGGAUGGGAGAGCGGGCAGAGCCAGGAUGAGCGACGCGGUGGCCCUGAGGGUGCGCUCGGGAAUCCUGGAGCAGACUGGCGCCACAGCAGCGGUGCUGCAGAGCGACACCAUGGACCACUACCGUACUUUCCAAAUGCUCGAGCGCCUGCUACACGCCCCGCCCAAGCUGCUGCACCAGCUCAUCUUUCAGAUCCCGCCCUCUCGACAGGCGCUGCUCAUCGAGAGGUACUAUGCCUUUGACGAGGCCUUUGUGCGGGAGGUGCUGGGCAAGAAGCUGUCCAAGGGCACCAAGAAAGACCUGGAUGACAUCAGCACCAAAACAGGCAUCACCCUCAAGAGCUGCCGGAGACAGUUUGACAACUUUAAGCGAGUCUUCAAGGUGGUGGAGGAAAUGCGGGGCUCCCUGGUCGAUAACAUCCAGCAACACUUCCUCCUGUCCGACCGGCUGGCCAGAGACUAUGCAGCCAUCGUCUUCUUUGCCAACAAUCGCUUUGAGACAGGGAAGAAAAAACUGCAGUAUCUGAGCUUUGGGGACUUUGCCUUCUGUGCUGAGCUCAUGAUCCAGAACUGGACCCUUGGAGCCGUCGGUGAGGCCCCCACUGACCCAGACCCCCAGGCGGAUGACAUGGACAUGGACUUAGACAAGGAGUUUCUCCAGGACUUGAAGGAGCUCAAGGUGCUUGUUGCUGACAAGGACCUUCUGGACCUGCACAAGAGCCUGGUGUGCACUGCCCUCCGGGGAAAGCUCGGGGUCUUCUCUGAGAUGGAAGCCAACUUCAAGAACCUGUCCCGGGGGCUGGUGAAUGUGGCCGCCAAGCUGACCCACAAUAAGGAUGUCAGAGACCUGUUUGUGGACCUUGUGGAGAAGUUCGUGGAACCCUGCCGCUCCGAUCACUGGCCGUUGAAUGAUGUGCGACUCUUCCUGAAUCAGUAUUCGGCAUCGGUCCACUCCCUGGAUGGCUUCCGGCACCAGGCCCUCUGGGACCGCUACAUGGGCACCCUCCGUGGCUGCCUCCUGCGUCUCUGUCAUGACUGAGGCCCCCUCCCCCUGCCCUGCCCACAUUGACAAUAAAGUUGCCAUGACUUUG